AUGUGGAAUACGGCCGUGUUUGUGUUGCUUCCAUAUCUUUAUGCACGUGUUACUACUAAAGUGACCGACCUGACGGCGGAGAAUAUCGACUCCAUACUGUCUGAGCAUCAGUUAGUAUUCGCAGUGUUUGGCGCUGAUUGGUGCCCGUACUCAAGGAAUUUGCAACCGAUCUUCAGUGAAGCUUCAGAAGUUUUUAAACAAGAUCAUCCAUCUGCUGAUGUGGUUUGGGCCAUUGUUGAUUGCGUCGCACAGCAAACCGUUUGCGAUCGAUAUUUUGUGGGAAAGUUCCCAACGCUUAAGGUGUUCAUUCAUGGUGAUGUGAUGACUAACGAAUACAGAGCACACCGUGCUGUGCCUGAUCUGGUUGCUUUCGUGGCUGAGCAGUAUGCGGGUUCGAUACGUGAAUUCAAAGACGAUCGUGAUUUGGAAGGCAAACUAAGCACAUCUCCUCGCAACGUGGUCGCUUACAUUCAACGAGGAGGAGAACCUUAUAAAAAUCUCUUUAACAUCGCCCAACUUCUCCGAGAUUACUGUAGCGUUUGGGUUCCAGAAGAAAAGUUUGCAGAAAGCCUCACGAAAUUCCAUCUCUACUAUAAGGCACAGGGAGAGGUUAACAGAUCGCAUUUCACCGGUGAUCUUAAUAACUACACGGCACUUAAGCAAUGGGUCAUUGACAAGUGCGUUCCGGUGGUCAGAGAGGUGACGUUCGAGAAUGUAGAAGGCAUCACAGAAGAAGGUCUUCCGUUUCUCAUCUAUUUUAGAAAUCCUGAAAAAAAAGAAGAAGACCGGGUGUUUGUUGAUGCGGUGGUUCGUGAACUGCACGAGCAAAGAAUGUCGGUUAAUCCGUUGUUGGCUGACGGCUUUAAAUUUACGCACCCACUUCAUCACCUCGGAAAAACUGUAGAUGAUCUUCCCGUUUUGGCCAUCGAUUCCUUUAAACACAUGUACCUAUUUCCAAACAUCUCACAACUGUCUGAGCCGGGAGUGCUAAAGCAGUUCGUAAACGACCUUCACUCUGGGGAUUUGCACAGACGCUUACACCAAACACCUAAACAAAAGCGCGAAGAACUGGAACAGGCCAAAGAGGAACUCGAUGCUCAGCCCGAUCUGACUGAUCACCAAGAAAAACUAGAACAUACUGAGAAGGAACUGCGGAGUGUUACGACACUCGAGCCAACCCGAGUACCUGAGUCCGUAUUCAAGGAGUUGAAGCCAAGCGAAAAGCGUUACUCGAUACUUCACAAAACAGAACUCUAG